CCUCUCCACCCGUCCUGCUGCUCCGUCAUCCCGUCGCGCCGGAAAAGGCAGAGCAGGAGAAAGGAGGCGUUGCCCUCCAACAACACAUCAGCUGCAAAUUUAUGCAAAACAGUGAAAUCGCUGCUGCUGCUGCUGGUUCUGCUGCUGCCGCGGCCGUCCUGCACACUGCACGCACCAGAACAGCACCAGCGGGCUGCACAGGCCCAACAAGCCCCCCGGACACGGUUUGCAGCGGGCGGCCGGCUGCAGGAGGAGGCUGAGAAACCCGGACCGGUGACGGUAAGCACGGACCGAGACCUCCCCCCUCCUCCUCUGUCAUGGAGACGGACGGGGAGCAGAACCAGCAGGGGGCCUCCACCAAUGGGAGCGCUGCGUCUGGGACCAGCUCCCGCCCCUCGCCGAUGAAUUCCAUGUCGCUGUAUGAAAGACAGGCCGUGCAGGCCCUGCAGGCGUUACAGAGGCAGCCCAACGCGGCUCAGUACUUCCAGCAGCUGAUGCUGCAGCAGCAGAUCAACAACGCCCAGCUGCAGAACCUGGCAGCUGUGCAGCAGGUAAAGGCGACUCUGGCAGCCAGUCGUCAGUCCAGUCCGUCCAGCAGCAGCUCCUCUCAGACCACCAGCACCACAGCUGCCAGCGUAACAUCUGGAUCAGGGUCCACAACCAGCAGCCGUCCAAUAGGAGCCUCGGCAACGUCCACAAUCAGCCAGUCGGUGCUGCUGAGUGGGGCGGCAGGUGGACAGGGACAGAUGUACCUGAGGGUCAACCGCUCCCUCAGGGCGCCCAUCUCCUCGCAGCUCAUCUUCAUGCCUGGCAACACGGCAACCGCUGCCGUGGCAACCGUCACCCAGCAGCCGCAGGCUCAGCAGCAGGAAGUGACAACGACUUCCUCUUCCGCCAGCCAGUCAGAUAACGACCAGGUGCAGAAUCUGGCCAUGCGAGGUGUUUCCGGUACCAAAGGCAUCGGUGUGAAGACUGAAGCCCCAGAGAGGAGUGAGUCUGCUGCCUACUCCCUGGUCCAGCCCUCCCACCAGUCCAACUCCCAGUCCCCCACGAAGCCCAGCCAGCCUCAGCCUCAGCCGCCCCACAUCAAAAUCCCCACGUACCCCCAGCCGACCAACCUCAAAGCCCACGCAUCCUCCUCCUCCGGUGCCUCCUCCUCGUCCUCCACCUCCUCCAUCCCUCUCUCGCAGCUCCUGCUUCACGGGACCCGGACUCUCACCACGGGAACCACAGCUCCCACGGCAGCACACACUCUGCUCCUAACGUCCAGCGCAACGUCCCAGCCUCAUGGUUAUCCUGUCGGCACGGCGACCAUCAAACCGGCGGUCAAUGCUCAGACGCUGGUGGUGCAGCCGCUGCAGAAGACCUCGCUCAGCGGGGAGAAACCAGGCCACGGUAACGGACCCAUCCCCAUCCAGCCUAAAACUCUGCAGGGGCUCCGGCUGCCCCUCCAGCUGCCUUCUAGGAACCCCCCUCCCAUCCUGCCUGCCCCGCCUCCCACCAGUAGCUCCGCCCAGCCCCCCCAGCCGCCACACAUCCCGGUCCAGAUUGUGGGUGCGAGACAGAGCACGCUGGGAAACACCCAGGCUCUGGCUCUGGCCCGGGGCAGCUGCUGCCAGGACGGAGCCGCCGUCCUCAACAGCUCGUCCAGCCUGCUCACCAUGGUGGCGUCCAUCGCUUCCAGGGAGGGCGGGGUCGUGGGCCGAGGGGUGGGGCUAAAGACGCUUCAGUCGCCACAGGAGGCUCCCCCGUUGGCUCAGGUCUCUCAGGUGCAUCCGCAGGCCAAUCAGAGCUCUGGACAGACACAGAACGGACCCCUGGCUUCGAGCCCCGCCUCCUCCCAGUCCACCACCAUCUCCUCGCCUCCCGCCUCCGUGUCCCGCUCCUCUCUCUCCCUCCCGCUGGUGACAGAGGAGCAGAGAGGAGCAUUGGCUGGUGUGACCACCAACGGAGACUCAGCAGGAAGUCAGACACCGCAGGGAAAACAGCUGACCGGCUCCCUAAAAAGAAAAUCAGACUCCAAUUCAGCCAACGACGAGGAUGGCCCCUCCCCUCCACGGCUCCAGCCAGUCAGAGAUCACCCCUCAGCGCUCCCGACCAAUCCCAUCGAAGCCCUCACCUCCCCACCAGGCUCUGUUGCUCCUCCUCCUCCUCCGGCCUCCUCCUCUCCCUCCCCGGUGCUGGCAGUGUCUCGUGGGGUCUGUGGACAGGGGGAGCGAGCUCCUCCCCCCCAGGCUGUGGUCAAACCCAACGUCCUCACGCACCUCAUAGAGGGCUUCGUCAUCCAGGAAGGGGCGGAGCCUUUCCCUGUUUGUGGUUCAGUAAAGGACUCGGCUGGUGAGGAUUUAACUAACGACAGUCCGGACACUAACCAGUCAGAGACAGUCACGACAGCGACAGUGCUGAAGUGUGAGUACUGUAAAAACUUUGCUCCUGCCAGCCAGUUCAGAGGCACCAAAAGGUUCUGCUCCAUGACUUGUGCCAAGAGUAUGUAUUGGUUCCCCAGGUACAACGUCAGCUUCAGGCAGCAUUUCUGCGUGCGGCAGGGUCAAAGUCAAGGUCACGCUCCGGAUCAGGAUCAAGGGCACGGUCACUUCUCCAACUCCGACGAGGAGGGAGGGAUCACCAGGCGGAGGGUCCCCCGCAGGACCAGCUCAGAAAUAGCCAGUGCCAAGAUAGCAGGGAGACCCAUACCUGUCAAGUGCCGGUCAGAGUCCAGCCACUCAGAGGAGGAGUCCAGUGGAGAGGAGGAUGAAGACGACCCCAUGUCCCUCUCGCCCGCCUCCUCGGCCUCCUGCCACCAGCCGCCUCCGCCGCUCCCGACAGAAACCUCUGCACCUCCCAGCUGCCUCCCAGCGAGCCCCGGCCAGUGGAGCGUGGAGGAAGUGUCCCAGUUUAUUUCCUCACUGCAAGGCUGUGAGGAGAUCGCCUCCCAGUUCCUGUCGCAGGAGAUCGACGGUCAGGCCCUGCUGCUGCUGAAGGAGGAACACCUCAUGUCCACCAUGAACAUCAAGCUCGGUCCUGCGCUCAAGAUCUGCGCCCACAUUAACAACCUGAGAGACUGAUAUCAUAAAUCCUGCCAUGUUCAAAGUCAAGCCCUGAGCAUUGACCCCAAACUCCUGGUCUCCACCCUGUUGAGCAGGUGAAUGUAGGAGGUACAGUACAUUUUCAAAACAACUUGAAUCUGUUGUUGGUUUGUUCCCCUCGUCUCCACAUCUUUACAUGUCGUUUGUUGCACAGGAGGGUUGUUACACUUGUUGUAUUGUUCCUCGCAAAUCUGACAAGUCUGUGAGUUAAAAAUCUGCAGAACUAUAUUUUGUUGAUGAUUCAUGUUCGCUAAAAUGGCAAGAUCAGUAGCUGCAGUCAGAAAACCUCCACCAAGAUUUCAUUUUUGCUUUUAAGAUGCACAACUUCAGUCCUGUGCCUGUGUUGUAAAAUGCAGAAAUGAAGGUUUUGAAUGUAUAUUUUUUAAUCUUAAAAUCACUUGUGUUGUAUAAUCAGGCUGUACUCGCGCAGGAUUCCCACUUUUUUUUUUUUUUUUUUUUAAGUUGUGCACAAAUAGAGCCGCCCUUUACACAGGCUUCGACUUAAACUGUGCUAAUUUUGUUUCAUUUUAUGUCACAUUUCUUUCAUUCAUUGUAUCACACUGUUCAGGAAAAGUAUUUUUGAGAGAUUUCCUCACGUCUUGGGCAUCGAAAUUCUUGUGUUUGAGAGGAUUCUCUCAUCGAGGCUCCUCACAACCGGAUUUAAGCCACAAACCUGCACAGAAUUAGGACAGAAACCUGCAGAAUUGAAUUAGAACCCACCCAAAAUUUUAAGAACAGCGCUUACACUAUGUGAUUUAUAACUUUAAUAUUGUGUGUGUUAAAACUCAUUAUGUGAGAAUAGGCAUCAUCAGGCGUCUUUUUUAUUUUGGAAGCGGCCUAUUCUGCAGUUUACAGGGUACAGUUAAAAGUACAGGGUGCUGAAAAUAAAACCCAAAUCCUUCAAGGUUCAGAGAGUGUUUCACCAAAAACAAAAAUACUGACGUCACAUAAAGUUUUCUCACCAAAUCUUUUCAUACAGAGCACAUCGACAGCAGAUGAGACACGACCGAUAAAAUGCCGUUCAAAACAGUUUUUUUUUCACUCAGCAUCUCCAGGAGAUCGAAUGUGCAAAAGCUGUGACAGUUUUGUUCUGUGAGGCGAUUUCAAAAUUGUAAUUUCCUUCCCAAAAUGGUUCAACCAGCUGCUCCAGAUCAGAAGUAUGAAGCGUGUGAGUGAAAGUGGGGGGAACAUCAUGGGCUUGAUUUUGUGAAGCGACACAUAAAAAGUUGAAAAAGAAACAGAUGAAGAAUGCACACAAGAUAAAUAUGUGACGAUAGGCUGUUAAUCUGAAGUAUCUCAACGCUACAUUCAUGAACAAAACCUGAGGAAACGUCGGCUGGCUGCCACAUGUGGACCUACGUUUUAGGAUGGAUGAGACCAACAAAAAAAAAAAGAAAAGAAUCUCACCCGAAUGGAUGCGAGUGUGUGUGAGUGAGAGAAACCUUUAACUAUACUGUAAUAAGUGUAAAACUUGCCUUUAUAUUUAAAUGCACAUUUGUUUGCUGGACUGCCUCGUUUAAGCUUUUUACCGUAGGAGUUUUUUCUCAUGUUCUCUCUCUGUGAACCUUGUGGCCUUUCUCACUAGUCUCUAAGAUUUAGGUUUAGAUGAGGAUUGUCUGUUUUCUAACUGCUUUUCAUACCAUUCCUUGUUUUAUAUUAGUGCAUACUUUUUUACGAUUUGUUAUUUCGAGCAAUGACAUCCGUUGCCUUCCCCCCCCCCGAAAAAAAGUGUGACUGAAUCGUAGCUACCUUGAUGAAGGGGAACUUUGCUGUCUUCCUCAUAGCUUUUUGUCACAUAGCGUGUAACUACCAACAGUAUUUACCUUUCUAGCUAGCUAUCUUUGGCUUUAUUGUUAGUGACUGUUGCAACUACAGCUUUUUUUCUUUCAAGGAAGAUAAUACUCUCGUUGAUUGCUGUGUGUUUAUAUGUCAUAGUCGACCGCCAGGAUUUUGGAGUGUUUAAAUCAGCAGAUCCCUCGGAAAACUGUAAAAAGCCAAAAAAAGUGCUGCAUCACAAGCAAUGCUAGCCGAACAUUUUUUAAUUGAAUUGUUGCAGUUUUACAUUGAUUACCGAUGUAAACAUUUGUUAACAAGCAGAUCACUGAGACUUUUUUUCCCAAAGAGUAGCACUUUUUGUCACAAACCAAGAAACUUGUUUUUGUUUUUUUGUUUUUAUAAAGAAGCUACUCCAGAAUUUAAAAAAAAUGUGUUUGCUUGCAAUAAUCAGAAAAAAACUGCAAAAUCUUGGAGGGGACUGAGUUUGACAUGGAGAGGCUAACAAUAAUAUCAUGCAAAUAAAUAAUCAAGGAACUGUUUUAAAA